CUUCCAUGUGGAGACUCCCAGUUUGCUUUCAGUUUGCGCUAAGGCGGACGAGCACUUAUGCAUCCGAAUUCGCAUUCGUUUUCUGAGGGGAAAAGUGGUGAUAAUGAAGCUUUUCUUUAAUGCACUCGCAGUUACUUUGUUUUUACUCUACCAUGUUGCGUCUGGUUUUGGUUCAGAUAAAGUCGCAGUGUCUGUGAAGGAGGGAGAUUCAGUCACUCUACACACUGGAGUUGAAACAAACCAACAAGAAGAUAUUAAAUGGUAUUUCGGCAGCACUCGCAUCGCACAAAUCAGUGGAGAUCUCAGUUUUAUCUGUACAGAUGUUCAGUGUAAUGCAGGUACUGAGAGAUUCAGAGACAGACUGAAGCUGGAUCAUCAGACUGGAUCUCUGACCAUCACAAACACCAGAACCACAGACUCUGGGGAAUAUAAACUGAAAAUCAUAAGCAGCGACGACAGUGAAAAGAUCUUUAGUGUUUCCGUCACUGAUGUUUCUGCUGCUGAACUAUAUGAAAUGAAAGAGGGAGAAUCUGUUACUUUAGAUCCUGGUGUAAUAAAACACCCAAAUGAUGUGAGGACGUGGUGUUUUAAUGACACUCUUAUCGCUGAAAUCACUGGAGAUCAGAGUAAGAUCUGUACAGAUGAACAGUGCACACAUCAAUACUCAGAACUCAGAGACAGACUGGAGCUGGAUCAUCAGACUGGAUCUCUGACCAUCACAAACACCAGAACCACAGACUCGGGACUCUAUAAAGUACAGAUCAUCAUCAGUGACAGCAGCUUCAGCAUCACCACAGUGAAGAGAUUCAGUGUUUCUGUCACUGGUGAGUAA